AGGCAGGCCGGUGAUUUUCCACUGCCGCUCAUCUAUCUGGUCCCCCAGUUCCAGAGACAAAGGUCAGAAAGAGAAGCUUAUAAAUAGGCGAAAGUCUGAGCUUCCGACGCGUCCACGCAUCAGUCGCUGUCACGGACACGGGAGGACACGGACACGGCAGAGCAGACUGAGGACAUUAAAAGGAGAAAUUAACAGAAAACAUCCCAUCCUAGGAGCAGAAUGGCACAAAAAGAGAAGCUUCAGUGUCUGAAAGACUUCCAUAAGGACACCCUGAAGCCGUCCCCCGGUAAGAGCCCCGGCACUCGGCCCGAAGACGAGGCCGAGGGCAAGCACCCCCAGAGGGAGAAGUGGGCCAGCAAGUUGGACUUUGUUCUGUCCGUUGCCGGCGGCUUCGUAGGUUUAGGGAACGUUUGGCGUUUCCCUUACCUCUGCUAUAAGAAUGGUGGAGGUGCGUUUCUCAUCCCCUACUUCAUCUUCCUGUUUGGUGGAGGUCUGCCAGUCUUCUUUCUGGAGGUCGCCCUUGGUCAGUUCACCUCUGAGGGUGGCAUCACCUGCUGGGAGAAGCUCUGUCCCAUCUUCACCGGUAUUGGCUACGCCUCCAUCGUGAUCGUUUCCCUCCUGAAUAUCUACUACAUCGUCAUCCUCGCCUGGGGUCUCUACUACUUGUUCCAGUGUUUCCAGCCAGAGUUGCCCUGGGCCAAGUGCAAUCAGCCCUGGAACACCGAUCAAUGCAUUGAGGACACUCUCCGCAAGAACAAAACCAUCUAUAACGCCACCAACGCCUCCAACGUUACCUCCCCCGUCACAGAGUUCUGGGAACAUAAUGUGUUGGGGAUCAGCAGUGGCAUCGAGGACAUCGGCCCGGUUAAAUGGGACUUGGCCCUGUGUUUACUCCUCGUCUGGGUCAUCUGCUUCUUCUGCAUCUGGAAGGGCGUGAAAUCAACUGGAAAGGUGGUUUACAUCACGGCCACGUUCCCAUUCGUCAUGCUUAUCGUCCUGUUGAUCCGUGGCGUAACUCUGCCAGGUGCUUCUCAGGGCAUCAAGUUCUACCUGUACCCUGACCUUGAACGCCUCAAAGACCCAGAGGUGUGGAUCGACGCCGGCACUCAAAUAUUCUUCUCUUACGCCAUCUGUUUGGGCGCCAUGACGUCUUUGGGGAGCUACAACAAGUACAAAUACAACUGCUACAGGGACUGUUUGCUGCUGGGAGCCCUCAACAGUGGUACCAGUUUUGUGUCUGGCUUCGCAAUAUUUUCCGUCCUGGGCUUCAUGGCACAAGAGCAAGGGGUGGACAUUGCUGAGGUGGCAGAGUCAGGUCCAGGCCUGGCUUUCAUUGCCUACCCCAAGGCUGUUACCAUGAUGCCUUUCCCGACACUCUGGGCCAUCCUCUUCUUCAUCAUGCUGCUGCUGCUUGGCCUCGACAGUCAGUUUGUGGAGGUGGAAGGGCAGAUCACAUCACUGGUGGAUCUGUAUCCGUCCUUCCUAAGGAAGGGUUACUGCAGAGAGGUCUUCAUCGCUAUCAUCUGCUGCAUCAGCUACCUGUUUGGACUUACCAUGGUGACCAAGGGUGGCAUGUACGUUUUCCAGCUGUUUGACUACUAUGCAGCCAGCGGUGUGUGCCUUCUGUGGGUGGCAUUCUUUGAAUGUAUAGCUGUUGCCUGGGUUUAUGGCGCUGAUAAUUUUUAUGAUGCAAUCGAGGACAUGAUUGGCUACAGACCAAAUCCUUGGAUGAAAUGGAGCUGGACUGUGAUCACUCCUUUACUGUGCAUGAGCUGCUUUAUCUUCUCUCUGGUCAAAUACAAGCCAUUGACAUACAACAAGGUGUACCAGUAUCCUGACUGGGCCAUUGGGAUAGGCUGGACUCUUGCCUUGACCUCCAUGAUCUGCAUCCCCAUGGUGGUGGUCAUCAAGAUCAUUCAGUCUGACGGGCCGCUGAUCGAGAGGAUUAAGGCCGUGGCGGCCCCAGCUCGCGGAGGUGCUAGCUCCCGCCCUGCGGACCACCGCGUCCCGAGCGAGCUCACCUGCCCCCUUGACCCCAACGGAAACAACGGGGUUACGGCGAAGGCUCCCACCCACACCAUCGUAGAAACCAUGAUGUAAAGGGGUGAGGAGGAGGCUCUCCAUGAGAACGCCCUCUUCCCCUCUCCUGUCCUCUGAAACGCUUCUAAAGCUAGCUAGCUAUCCGUCUGUCUGUGUCUCUCUGGACUGAUUAAGGGUUCAAGGAAAUAAAAACUCACAUUUCAAAUCUUUUUAGAAACGCUUGAAGGGAGCGGUUAUUAGAAAAACAAAAAUCUCUCUGGGAUUCUCCUCCGAUAGCUUUCAUGCGGAGUGGUUGGAGGAAUUAGCAGCUGACAUAACUUUCACCUUAGUGGUCAGUCCAUUAAAUUCUAACACCUCCAGAUUAUUAGAUGUAAAGCAUCCAGAAGACGUCAUCACCUGUUUGCUGCCUGAUAUUUUCAAUUAUUUACCAUAAGAAGCUGGAAACCUGUUUUAGCAGAGCUGUGAAACUGUAGCGGCUAUCGGCUAAAACCAGAGAAGCUCUGAAAGGAUUUGAAGUGUGCAGUUGGGACCCUUGAGUGUGUUGUCUGUGGCGUACUGUACAGUAGUAGCUAUCAGUCGAUCUAUAUCUAUCUCUAUCUUUCUGUGUCCUAGACCAGUUUACAAUAUGUAAGUUACUGCAGUAGGCACUCUUGGCUUAAAGUUUUGGAUUGAAUUUGUUUUGGGUUGUUUUUUCUGCAGAGGAGGUUUUAUUAUUAUUACUAUUGUUAGUUUUUUCCUCUGUCAGUGUUUAGAAUCAUUUAUUAUUAUUAUUAUUGGUAUUCACUAUUGAAUUGCUGUAGUUUUACAUAGAGAAGGAACCCUUCUUUCAUUUGGUGAAAAUACUAAGCUGAUAUACUGAUCACGUAUUUCCAGUGGCAGCCUUUAUAGCUCAGUCAUCAUCGUGUAUCUCUUGGACCACCUUUUUUCACUUUGAUUUUCAUUUUUUUGUUUGGUGUAACACAAACUCAUUUCCCAAAUGUUCUCCUGUAAGAGUUAUGGGUCUGUUGCUUUGCGACCACUUGGAUGUUUGGGCGAAAAUGGAAAUUUGGCAGUGGGUCUGCGGGUUGUGGGGGGGAGGUUACCAGCAGUCACUUCUGUUUUCUUAUUGCUCAUCGAAUGACCGACAGAAAUCUGAAAGGGUGCGUCCAAGUGGCGCUGAGAGGCACAAAGCCGUGCUGCUACAGUUUGGGUUCCCAGAAUAGACAGAUUGACCACUUCUAAGAAAUGAAAUGGUUAAAAUGAGCUCCAGACUAACUCUAAAUUAGCUCUAAUCCAGGCCUAGUUUUGCUUGAUGCACAUACGGUCCACACGAUAAUAAAACAGUGCAGACAGCUUUUAGUCUCUGUGUA